AUGUCAGGAGUGAUGGACAAAGUUAAGGCCAAGGUCGACCAGGUGAUGCACAAGGACAAGACCCAUGAUGAUCCCACCGGUCCUCACAGCUCUCAUACUGCCAACACUGCCGAUCCUACUGUACCUAAUACUUCCAAUGCUACCACUGGCACUGGGGGCUUCUCUGGUACCCACCAUGGCUCUGGUGUAAGCACUGGCCUCGGUACUUCUGGUAGCCAUGGCGAGCGCAACCCCGAGUACACAUCUCCUACCCAUGGUUCUACGGGUCUUGGGUCAUCAGCCACUCAUGGGAGCACUGGUCUCGGGUCCUCAACUACCCACGGCUCUACCUCUCACAAUGACCCUACCGGUCCUCACGGCUCCCACACGAUGAACAAGGCUGAUCCCCGGGUCGACUCCGACCGUCUUGGAAACGCCGGUAACACUGCUGGCGCAGGCGGUUAUGGUGCUGGACAGUAUACUGAGUCCCACGGCACCCAUGGUACUACUGGCAGCGGCCUCACCGGCACAGGGCUCGGCUCUUCGACUACUGGAGCUUACAGCUCAGGUAACAGCAGUGGACUGACUGGUGGUCACGGCACUGCCGAUUUCAACGACCCAACUGGUCCCCACAGCUCACGCAUGGCCAACCAGGCUGACCCCCGCGUCGGUGGUGUUGGUAGCACUGGAGCUGGCGCAUACAACACUACUGGAACCGGUCUCACCGGCCAUAGCACUACCGGUGGUCUUGGACACUCCCACAACGACCCUACCGGCCCCCACGGCUCCCACAUGGCCAACUCUGCCGACCCGCGUGUUGGGGGUGUAGGUAGCACUGGCGGUCUUGGCCACUCUCACAAUGACCCCACUGGCCCUCACAGCUCUCACAUGGCCAACUCGGCCGACCCGCGUGUUGGGGGUGUAGGUAGCACUGGCGGUCUUGGCCACUCUCACAAUGACCCCACUGGUCCUCACAGCUCUCACAUGGCCAACUCGGCCGACCCGCGUGUCGGAGGUGUAGGCAGUACAGACACAGGAGCCUACGGCAGCAACGCUGGCGGCAUCGGCUCAGGCAACAUGGGCCAAGGAGGAUACACCACAGGUGAGCACGUCAAGACCGUCCCAGGGGAGGUCGAGGGAACAGGCCGUGACAACCUCUCUCACCGCAAUAACGAGAGUGGCGAUCUUCCCAAGGCCCUCACCGAGCCUGUUUCCCACGCUGAGCCUCACUCUUCUCUGCAACAUGACCAACACGUUUCAGGUGGCGCUCACGGCACUCAUGGUACCACUGAUGUUCACGGCAAGCCAUCCAUGAUGGACAAGCUGAACCCCAAGAAGGACGCUGACCACGACGGCAAGACUGGCAUCAUGGACUAG